CAUUGACUUUGGACCGCUCAUGCUGUUGGUUUGACUGUCAUCAUCUGGAUACGUGAUCGCCUUUGUGUCUAUGCUGACAAUGAAGACCCUAGCUGGCAAAGUGUGUAUUGUCACCGGGGCAACACGUGGAAUUGGGCGUGGCAUCGCUCUACAGUUGGGUGAGGCUGGAGCCACAGUAUAUAUUACAGGCCGGACGCUAACAACUCCAAAAGAUGCUGAUGUGUCAGGGAGCCUUACAGAUACUGCCACUGAGGUUGAGGCACGAGGAGGCAAGUGCAUCCCGGUGCAGUGCGACCACUCAAAGGAUGAGGAUGUGGAGAAGCUGUUUGAGCGAGUAGGUCGGGAACAGGAUGGUCGGCUGGAUGUCUUGGUCAACAACGCCUACGCUGCAGUCAGUGACAUUGCCAAGAACUUUAGAGUCCCAUUCUGGGAGCAGGGGCAAGACAUGUGGGAUCGGGUGAACAACGUGGGGCUGAGGAACCACUACAUCUGCUCUGUGCUGGCGUCUCGGAUGAUGGUACCACGAAAACAGGGCCUCAUCAUUAACAUAUCUUCAAUCGGAGGACUGUCGUACCUCUUCAAUGUGCCGUAUGGUAUUGGCAAAGAAGCUUGUGACCGGAUGGCCAAAGACUGCUCCGUGGAGCUAAAGCGACACAACGUGGCCUUUACCAGUCUGUGGCCAGGGGCAGUAAAGACAGAGACCGUCACACGUUUCAUGGAUGAUGAAUCAGAAAAAAACCAACUCCAUGUUUGUAACAAAUUCCAAGAAACCUUCAAGAAUGGGGAGUCUGUGGAAUAUGCCGGCAAAUGUGUUGUUGGUCUGGCUACAGAUCCAAACAUUAUGAAGAAAACAGGGCGGAUUUUCAUAUCAACAGAUCUCGGUUAUGAAUAUGGCUUUGUAGACAUUGAUGGCAAGACCCCACCGAAUCCCCGACAGAUCAAAUUCCUGGUGGCUUACUCUGGAGCCUCCUGGUUUGCAAGCCUGAUUCCUGGAUUUCUGAAGAUUCCACUGUGGGUACUUGCCCUAGUGGGCAAUAAGUUCUAGAUGGGAACUGUAUGUUCCUACAAAAUGAUUGUUUAACUUUGCUUAAUCUCAAAAACAAGUACAACAUGGAGUACUUGGAAGAUACGUUGUUGUGUACAUUGAAUUACUGUUAUAUGCAGAAAACAGCUCUACAUGUGCAUCAUUUUCUGGGACAAAUAGAUCUUCCAAUCAAAUUCCAGUGUGCUGGCAACGUUGAGUCAGUCUACGGUAAUUACUGGUACAUUAUUUUAUACUAUCAUUAUUAUCCCUUGCCAUGAAGUGGGAGGGGGAUAUUGGUUUGAGAUCUGUCCGUCCUUCCAUCUGUCCGAGAUGAUGGGGACAGAUUUUCUCAAAACACGUUACAGAUAGGGAAACAAAAUUUGAUGUUUUCAGGACAUGAAUUUUAUGGUGGAGUUCAAAUAGGAACAGAACACUGUGGCAGGGGAUAUUGAUGACCAUGUCUUCUUGUUUUGUUUUGUCCUGUAUAUGUGGUAUGUUUUCAUAUACAGUGAUUUGAGUUAUAUUGUUUGAUAACAAUACUUUAUGGUAAUUUGUUCAAAGCCUCAGGUACAUUUAUUAACAAACCACAGCAUGUUGGUGGUACCCCUUACAUUAAGAUCAAGAGUGCGUAUGAGGUUGUGCCAAAUGUCAUGUUUCAAUAUGCUUUGUUCGACAUAGGCUCUAAUAUUUAUUUAAAUAUAUUACAUUAUUAACCAUCUUCACAACUAUCUCAAAAGAAUCAGUAUUCAUGAUCAUGAAUCCACAUUUGGCGUCUGUGAGGAUGAAAGGGAGACAACUGUGUGGCUGACUGAAUUUGUUUGGUGAUUAACUGAAAACAUUAUUGUGUUUUCAGCGUAGAAUCAAGUUACUUGAAGGUUUAGCAUCCAUUCUAAAGACCAAAUUUUAAGGUCUCCUUAAAAUUUGAACUACACGUUCUCUGGUCAUGUUCAUCAUGGUUUCUACCUAGUCUGUAUUGGUACACAUACUUUAAAUAUUGUAGUUCCUGAAUGCACUCUGUAACCUGGAGUCAUACAUAUUACAUUAUUCAAAAUGCUUACUGACAAUAAUGGAGAAAGCUGUACAUUUCUAUACAGAAAUCAACUUCUGUGGCUGUGUGAAUCAGAGGUGGUUAAUGUAAUUUGUAACCCCUGAUUCACCAAUUGGUAUUGGGCAUUUUUCCAACUUCAUGGUAGAUUUCUGAUUAAUCGUCAUCCAUUGUCAGCACAAACUGGAAUGGUGGUGGUGUGUUGUUCCCACCAAAUGUGGUGUUGAUGUUAGUGCAAACUCAAUGCAAAAAUAAAACAUUUACAGAUGAGCAAACCUCAGUGCUGUGAUUAUAUAGAUGUAUUUCUCUCUUCAUUUACCAAAGUGUUUUUAAGCAAGAUAUACUUUCCAAAAUACUUCUAUGAAUUUUUCAUUAACAUGAAACUGUUUACAAUUAACAUGAUAUAAUGACAUGAUGAAAUAAUGCAAUUUGACUUGUCUAGUCCCCUGCCAUGAUAUAUCACUAGAAGAGCCACUAGAUACUCUAGUGAAUUGGUCUGUACAAUUCAGGUUGUAGCAAAUGUCUUUGAUGAACCGUACGUCAACUUGUUCACCUGCAUGUGUUGGGGCUAUCUAUAUCUGUGUUGGAUACCUUAACAUGGAGAAAGACUACUAACAAGUCAAAAACACUUGUGAGCAGCUGAAACAAUCAAGUGAUUAAAAGUAUUUUUAUAAA